AUGUUUCUUAAGGUAUAUGCAAUUCAUGUUGUGAAAGCUGCAUUUCCAAAACCUUUUUUGAAAACAAACUCGGUGAGACUAUUUCUGUCGGCAAGGACGUUGAGGAACGAAAACAGUAUUUUCGGUGACUUAACGAAGGCCAAAGAAAAUGAAAGUAAUGUGAAAGAAACAGAACAGCAUUUAGAAGCUUCAGAAAAUUUCCCAGCGAAUGAUAGGACCUUGCAAGAAUACUAUUUGGAUGAAUCCAAAAAGAAUCAAAUUUCAAUUGAUAAAUAUAUCACACCCUUGAAAAGGAAAUUGUUUGAAGUAAACGUUUCCCAAAAUGGCUUUUACAAGAAUAACCAGAUUGUGAAGGAUCCAGAUAGUAAAAAGACUUACAGACUUUCUUUGACAGAACGAGAGAUCGAUUUCUUGGAACCUUCCAUUUAUCUUCAGUCUUUCAGAAUUAAAUCAUCGGUUAAGAAAGCCAAUCUAGUCGCUAGGUUUAUAAGAAAAUAUAAGGUCAAAAAUGCUAUAAAUCAGCUUCAUUUCAACCCUAAGAAAAUGGCAACUGAAAUGGAGAAGUUUUUGAAGUCUGGUCUAGAACAAGCCAGGCUUUCAAAGUUAAAUGAGGAUGAGCUUUAUAUUCAAUCGCUUUGGGUAGGCUCUGAUGGUAGCUGGCGAAAGAGAGUUGAUAUAAAAGGGAGAGGAAGAAUGGGUAUCAUAGAGCAUCCAUAUAUUCAUUUGAAGGCCAUUCUCAGAACUGAGCAAACAAAGUUACGUAGAGCUUGGGAGCUUCAACAGAAGAAGACACUUGAAAAGCCCAGAAUGUUUUUAAAUAAUGAACCAUUGAACUUCAAAGUCCGUCCAUAUUUUAAAUGGUAA